AUGGAUGAUGUCUUCAGGUUAUUGCUUGCUUCUUCGUCAUUUGUUCUGCUGUUUGGAAUGAUUUCAAAACACGUCAAAAAUAACCUAUUUCUAUCAGAGUCGUUGAUUUCAGUGCUUGCAGGAAUAGUCCUUGGCCACCACGGACUGAAUGUUUUUAAUACGAACUAUGCCUAUUCCAAAAUCAUGAUGUACAAUUUCUCAAGAAUUGUCCUUUGCAUCCAGACGAUGAGUGUUGCAAUGUCCUUACCGAAAAACUAUGUGCUUGUGAAAUGGCAGUCCAUAUUCUUCCUUGUCAUUGUGGUGGGAAUAAUCAAGUGCUCGUUUUCAUUCGGCUUAGUAUAUCUGUUUACAAACUACAACAAAUCCAUGUCAUGGUCGCUGGCGUCCUGCUUGACCCCUACAGACCCUAUACUAAGCUCUAGUAUAAUACAUGGAAAGCUUGCGAUGAAAAUGGUGCCUGAAAGAAUCAGGCUACUCCUUGCUGCAGAAAGUGGCAUAAACGAUGGGAUGGGAAUCUUCCUUCUAUUCCUCGGGCUUGAUUUGCUCGAGAAUGGUCUGGGGAAGGGUAUCUAUCCAUUCGUCGUCAAUAAUAUACUCGUCAGAGUUCUUUUGUCUGCAGCUAUAGGCCUUUCUAUUGGCAUUCUAUCAAGACAGGGGCUGAAAUACUGCUAUACAAGAAGACUAGUGGGCGUUGAGUCUUUUCUUGCCCACGGCAUAAUCCUUGCUGUCUUUUCAAUGGCACUUAUGGAGUUUAUAGGCGGAAGCGAGCUGAUAUGCAUAUUCUUCGCCGGAAUAAUGUUCUCCUUUGAUGAGUGGUUUGUACUAGAAACCAAAAACUCAAAUCUACAAGAGGUAACGGAUACAAUUCUUAGCACCUCAUUCUUCUUAUUCUUUGGUUCCAGAAUAGACUUCAGGCGAUUCACCUUGUCAAAUGCAAUUGUCUCGCUUGUAAUAAUCUUCAUCAGAAGGCCUGUCAUAUGCUGUCUUAUGUACCGUCAGAUCCCUGAGCUGAAGUCCCGGAGAGAGGCGCUGUUUAUUGGAUGGUUCGGCCCUAUAGGAGUAGGUGCACUGUACUAUGCGCUUCUUACAGACAAGAUUCAAGAAACACUUACGAUUGAUUUCGUUAGUUGCACAGUGUUCCUAAGUGUAAUGAUACACGGCCUAACCGUUCCCAUAUAUACCUAUAUCAAAAGAGAGAGCCUGGAUUCCAGCUAUGAAGGAGAAGCAUAUUCAAACGUCUUCUGA